AGUUCCGCCCAAAAGGGAAAUGACGCCGGUGCAGAAAAUGGCGUCCGCAAAGCCUGUGGACCGCUGUGGAUUGUUACCCGUUUAAUUUAGAGCCGAGUGGGGGGGUCUCUUCGUCUGGUAGACUGGACGAUAACAUGGCAGCGCACCUCUGCCGUCCGCUUUCUUGAUUCCGGAAUAAAACCCGCAACUUCAUGUCCGAAGGAGCCAGAGCUGCCUGGUCGAAGAGGGGUUGUGGGGAUUCGCACCGCCGAGAACCAGGGAAACAUAAACACAGGAAAUGCGAGCGCCCCCUUAGCGCUCAGCCGUCAAAGCCUGUGAUUGUUCGCCCAGGCUCCAAAAGGUGUGUUAUGUCGGGGGCAGAUGUGGAGGUGUACCUGUCCCAGGUGCACGAUGGGAGUGUGUCGUCGGGCUUCCGGGCGCUGUACGAGGAGCGUCUGCUGCUGGAUGUCACACUGUUGAUAGAGGAGCACCACUUCCAGGCCCACAAGGCGCUUCUGGCCACCCAGAGCGACUACUUCCGGGUCAUGUUCACAGCAGACAUGAGGGAGAGGGACCAGGACAAGAUCCACAUGAAGGGGCUGACAGCCGCUGGGUUCGGCCACAUUCUCCGAUUCAUGUACUACGGCUCACUGGAGCUCAGCAUGCCCACCGUUCAAGAGAUCCUUCAGGCGGCCAUGUACGUCCAGCUGACGGAGGCGGUGGAGUUCUGCUGCUCCUUUCUGCUGGCCAAAAUCUGUCUGGAGAACUGUGCCGAGGUCAUGCGCCUCCUGGAGGACUUCAGCGUGGGCGUGGAGGGCGUCCAGGAACAGCUCGACAACUUCCUACUUGACAACUUUGUCCCCCUUAUGAGCCGACCCGACUUCCUGUCCUACCUCAGCCUGGAGAGACUGCAGGCAUACUUGAACAGCGAUGCUCUGAGUCGCUUCCCAGAAAUCGAGCUGUAUGAAGCGGUCCAGGGGUGGUUGCGACACGACCGGCGGCGCUGGAGGCACACCGACACCAUCGUGCAGUCCAUCCGCUUCUGCCUCAUGACUCCUGCCAACAUCUUUGAGAAGGUGAAGACGUCAGAGUUUUACCGUUACUCCAGACAGCUGAGGCAGGAAGUAGAUCAGGCGCUCAGCUACUUCCAUGAUGUCAACCAGCAGCCUCUGGUGGAGACGCGCUCCAACCGUAUCCGCUCCGUCCGCCCGCAGACCGCUGUCUUCAGGGGAAUGAUCGGUCACAGUAUGGUCAACAGCAAGAUCCUGCUGCUGCAGCGCCCAAAGGUGUGGUGGGAGCUGGAGGGACCUCAGGUACCGCUGCGACCGGACUGCCUGGCAAUCGUUAACAACUUUGCUUUCCUGUUGGGGGGUGAGGAGCUGGGGCCUGACGGGGAGUUUCACGCCUCCUCCAAAGUCUACCGCUAUGACCCUCGACAGAACUCAUGGCUACGCAUGGCUGACAUGUCUGUGCCGAGGUCAGAGUUUGCCGUGGGCGUCAUCGGCAAGUUUAUUUACGCUGUGGCGGGCCGCACACGAGACGAGACCUUCUAUUCCACAGAGCGCUAUGACAUCACAGAGGACCGCUGGGAGUUUGUGGACCCGUAUCCUGUAAACAAGUACGGUCACGAGGGAACAGUGCUUAACGGUAAACUGUACAUCACCGGCGGCAUCACCUCCUCCUCCACCUCCAAACAGGUGUGUGUUUUCGAUCCAGGGCGGGAGGCGGGAGGUGGGGGAGGAGGAGGUAGCUCAGGUGGCUCAGACGCACACAGGACACGCGUCGGCCGAGGCCCGCUGCUGCCCGGCACCCACGCCAGCUGCUGGGAGAACAAAUCCAAAAUGAACUACGCCCGUUGCUUCCACAAGAUGAUCUCUCACAACGGGAAGCUGUACGUGUUCGGAGGCGUGUGUGUGAUCCUGCGGGCUUCCUUCGAGUCGCAGGGCUGCCCGUCCACCGAGAUGUACGACCCGGACACUGACGAGUGGACCAUCCUCGCCUCCAUGCCAAUUGGGCGCAGCGGCCACGGGGUGGCAGUGUUGGACAGGCAGAUCAUGGUGCUGGGCGGCCUGUGUUACAACGGCCACUACAGUGACUCCAUCCUCACCUUCGACCCCGAUGAAAACAAGUGGAAGGAGGACGAGUAUCCCAGGAUGCCUUGCAAACUGGACGGUCUGCAGGUGUGCAGUCUGCACUUCCCAGAGUAUGUGCUAGAGCACGUCAGACGCUGCAGCUGAGGUCUGCUCCACAACAAGCCUCCUUUUUAUAGAAAUGGGAAUGCACUGUUCAAGGACUGAAGUCUCCCGCUGGGAGAUCAGGUGUUUACAGGUGGGAGACUCUACUGAUGCGCAGGCUUUUAAACUAGAGACCAGCACUCACCUACGGUGAGGAAAAGAUGGCCGGGCCAUAGCUUUGCUGUUCUUAAUGAAGCCAAUCGACGCGUGGCGUGGUGAGACGUCACAUGUUAACAGUCAGCUUGAACAUUUUCAGAAUUAGCUUUCUCAGAAAAUUAAGGAAAAAUAUUUGUGGGGAGAAAAAAAGGUUUAAUUUGCUGGUUUAUGUUUGGACUGUGGUCAGUUUCCUAUUCUACUACUCACCUACUGUAUUUAGGCUGUCCAGUCAGGCUUAUUGCAGAAACGCACUGGAAGCGUCAGAUUAAUGCAUUUACAAAUGGACCUGCAUUCAUUUUAUUUCACCAGUCAAACAAACCGGUAUCACGAAUAAUUGUCUGAAUUAGGUUUCUUUGCCUGCACCCUGAGAUUUAGACCUAUUUAAAGUCUAACAAACAUCCUGUGUAGCGUUUAUCAAGUUGCUCGUAUUGAGAAAAUAGUUUAGUGAAAGCCAAAACAUAACUGCGGCUAUUUCAAACGAUCAAAUCAGGUAUAUAAACAAAAUAUUAACACUAUAUGCUGUAGUGUAGCUAAUUUUAUAGCCUGUCUCCAAAUAUAUGAAGCGGACUGUAGAGAGAAACCAUCAAACAGAUACAUGUUGUUACAGAUGCUGCUGACUCCUCAAUCUGCUACCAGCUGUAAACUGUCAGAUUAUUUAUUCAUAAAUUCAGUAAUCAGUUUUCGCUUCCAGUGCGUUCCAGGUUUUAGUCCUAAUUCUGCUCUUUACUCCCAGAUAUCCACCAUACUGUGCUCAUGUUCAUAUAGCAUCACCGUGUCUUUCUGUGCCCCCUCUGCUUCCUCUCUGUGUGUGUGUGUGUGUGUGUGUGUGUGUGUGUGUGUGUGUGUGUGUGUGUGUGUGUGUGUGUGUGUGUGUGUGUGUGUGUGUGAGUGUGUGUGAGAGCUGAAUGUAAGAUUGAGAGGAAAAAACAUAACACUACAUGGUACACGAGGUUCUUCAUUCGGUGAUGAGGUCGUAUGAUAACGGUGACAGGGACUCGUACACCGCAGGGGUCAAAGGAUGUUAGUUUUAUUUUAUUAGAUAACAUGCAUAGGAAUGAAAGAUCUUUCUCUCAGAGCAGCCCUGAAUCCGUACAGUCACUGGCAGUGCUUUAUUUACUCUCGUCUACAUUCCCUGCACUUUUUUAAUUUAUUGUGGCUCUUGGGUGUAAAUGCACAGUUUACCAGCUAACCUUCAAAGCAGCUGUAGUAUUACACAAUGCUUUAAUGUUACAGACAUUUAGCGGUGUCUGAAAUUAACUUCCUGGCUGACGAGUAAAGACGAACAAAAAAUGUAUACAGUAUAAAAUGUGCAGCUAGUUAAAAUAUUUAAGAAACACUGGGCCUGAUGCGAGAACAUUUUCGUAUUCUGAACUUUUCUUACUUUGUUCUGUGAGGUUUGCUCGUACGAGUGCUCCAAGUCGGCUUCACCAAACUCUCUUAACUGCACAAACUUGUCGUAAAUCGCUUGUUUCAGCCUGCUGAACGCCACCUGUUGAUGAGGCGGUGCGUGAUUGUGAGAUUUCAUCAUUAGCAUAAUCGACAGCCCUAAAAUUGCCAUGUAAGGCUGCCCGUUCUGCUCCGUUUCUGGGAAGGUGUCACUUACACACACAUUACCAAAGAGUAAAAAGAAGACUUUCACACUGCAGAGCUUCAAGUCCUGCUGUUGGAAAUGAGCAAACAAAUUUAACAGCAACCUGAAACUGCUAGAAAAUAUUACUACAGCAUGUUAACAACAUGCGAUCACGUCCUGAAAUGAUUUAACAUGAGGUUAGAUGCUAAAGAACGUCUUUUUAAACAAAACGGUCCAUGACUAAUAUGAAAGGCAGUCAAGGGGCGUGACAGAGAUAUUAGACAGGAUGUUAUUAUAGCCUUUAGUAAGUGAUGUUGCACUAUCAGGUGUUACAACAGAGGAUGAUACUGGACAGAGACCUGCAGAAAGACUCUGAAACCACUGAAAUGUAGAAGUUGCUGUGCCGAAAUAUGCCACGAAAAAAUCAUAAAAUCUAAAAUAAAACAACCUGUAAAUUGGCAGCCAUGAUGAUGAUGAUGAUAUAUGGUUAACAGAAUUUUUAUUUUGCAUUAAGUUUGUCUUAGUUGUGUAUUUUAUUUUCGUUAAUUUCAGUAUCAUAUUUAAACUUAAGGCGUUAUGAUUUCAGGUCAAGCAAGUGUGUUUUUCCCUUGUGUAGAGAGAGGCAGACAAGUCUGGGCCACUCGUGAAUUAAAUCGCUCGUACGUUUCAAACAAAUCUUUCUGUGCGAGUGGUUCUUGCAUGAGGCUCAUUGUUUAUUUACCUGUAAACGGAUCUACAUAUUUGUCAUGUACAAAACCAGGUUCUGUGUAUUUGAAUUUAAGCUCUUACACAACCAACAGAGCUCAGUAUAAACAAGGUUUGCAACUGUGAAUGACUCAGAACUACCAGCCAGUGUUUUUUUAGAUGAUUUUUACCAGUAUAUCCACCAAAGCUGAAUUUUACCAGCGUUUUGCAGAUAGCUGUGUUAAUUUCAGACAUUGAAAUGUCACCUGGAGUACUUCAGUCAUAUCAGUUAUUUAGCAGAUUCAAAAUUUCUGUUGUCACAUGUACUGUCCAGCUUUCACAUCUAAGCAGUCCAGCGCCUUGAUCCCGCAGCCCAGCAAGCCCUGCUCGAUGUUUCUGACCUAGUCCUUUCUAGAUAUUUAUUUGUCCUUUUUUUAUUUUUUUUUCAUGAGCCAACUGUGAAAAGGGCUAGAGCACAUACUGAUGCAGUUCUGUAAGCCAGCCGUGUAUUUAAGUUAUUUAUUUUCUGAAGUAUUGCUUUCACCGAGCUAUGCAGUAACAGUAGUAGGGUUAUUUAUUAUGACAAGAAUUUCAUUGUGAAUCGUGUUGUUUUCAAAUUGUACUUCUUUCCUUGUUUCAUCCUCGGCCGUCUGUCCUGUCCUCCUCAGCAGCACUGCAUGUGGCUAAUGAAUGGAUGCUUUGAGAACGGUCUUUCUUCCAGUGUAAACUGACAAGAUUGCCAAGAGGAAGGGUUAAUAAAAGCCUGUAGUGGAAAUAUUUGAAUUUGAGUUGGGUCGUAACAGAUGAACAGGUACAAUUUUUAAAGGAGGGUACUGGUGUCAUUAAAAAUUACGGUCCAUUUGUUACCGUCUCCAGCAACAUUUUCCUGUAUGCAAAUUGUCAUUCACCACAUGUGGGAAUUUACAGGUUUUUCAUAAUUUCUUAAAUGCAAACUUGUUCGUAGGCGGCAUGUUUUUGAGGGAUCAGACUUGAAAUUCUUCCUGAUACGAAAACACUCCGGUAUUAUCCUUUUAAUUCCUGAGAGUCUUGAGAACACAGCUUAACAGUGUUCAUGCAAUGCCACUGGGGAUUGUCUUCAACGCUUUGUGACGCUGGUAGAAAUCUUAGGUUGCGUAAAUGUCCUAUGUUAACGCCUCCUCAGCGGUGAGAAGUUGUGUUUCACACUGUGGACUUCAUAAUGCAUCUUUGCUUUCAGAGGGGGAAAAUGUUAGAAAGCGAAGAAUGAUUCCAAGAAGUGCAGAAAGUGCUGCAACUAACGAUUAUUUUCUUAAUCAGUGAAUUGUUUAGUCAAUAAAAUGUCAAAAAAAUAGUGAAAAAUGUCCAAGUGACGUCUUCAGAUGUCUUGUUUUGUUCGACCAACAGUCCAAAACUCAAAGAUGAAUUACUUACUGUCAAAUAUGACAGAGAAACAGCAGAUCCUCAGAUUUGAGAAGCUGGAACCAGCAAAUGUUUGGUAUUUUUGCUUAAAAAAUGUCUGAAACGAUUAUUAGAUUAUCAAAAAUAGUUUCAGAUUCAUUUUCUUUCUCGAUCGACUAAUCGUUGCAGCUCUAAUAUGCAGCCAUCAUGUCAAUUUACAAACUUUUUGCCAUUCUAAGCGAAUCGAAACCUAGUAAGCAGAAGCUAAAUUAAAAUAAAGAACUCUAAGUAAAAGUAAAAUAAACUAUUAUAUUUCCCACCAAAUUUCAAAACUUUAUUUCUGCUUUCAAACAUUUUUAUUGUUGAAGUUGAUUCACGUUCUCCAUGUUUCAGGUUCAAGUCAAGUAGAUUUUAUUUGUAUAGCUCAAUAUCACAAAUUUGCCUCAAGGGGCUUCAAAACAUUUCAUAUUAUUGAUUUUCACACCCAAAACUAUUGUUCUUCAUGUUUUCAAGAUCUUAUCAUUGUUUUUGCCUUUAUUUUCUGGUCCUUGUUUAAUUUUUAACUCCAGAAUAAGUGUCACAUGUGAUGAACACACCAAUGAUCGCACUGUCAGAGGCAGGUCUGGUGGGGAAACAGGCCUCUUUAACUCCACGUCCCUUUACGUCUCCUAUGUGUCACUGUACUGUGCAGCCGAUAUCAUGAACAUCACAUCUGCCACUCUGCAGUCCGCUCGCUGCGCCUCCUCCUCUCAUGUUGCUGUUAAAAGAAGAAACGUGUAACCGAUAAAGUACUACUGUCCUGAUUUGAGGCACAUUCAUUCACAGCGCAGCAUCCUUUAGUCCACCAGUCUUCAGUCUGUCAGUAGGAAAACAGAAUAGAAGAUUUUAAAAAAACAUACCUUGCAACAACGACUGUAUCUGAAAAAGAAAGUAAAAUCAGAUUAACAUAUCUUAUAAUCUGAGUAGAAACUCUUUGGAAACGAUUUGUAACUUCUUUCCAGAAAUAAAUGUUCAUAUUGGUCAACUUUCA